AUGUCUGGCCUUGAAGCCCUGGGUAUUGGUUGCAACGUAAUGCAAGUGAUCAGCUUCGCGCAUGAGACUGUCGAAUUUUGUAAAGGAGUAUAUCGCGGUCAAUCUUUUAAUGAUUACAAUCAACAGACCGUUGCGUCACUCCAAGGACUCUCCGCUCAGUUACAGACGCACUUUCAAAAAGCAAAGCUAAAAACUACUAACGAAAAGCAGCUUGCUGAUAUUGCCAGCAAGUGUAACGUUGCCGCACGUGCACUGGAGGACGAAGUGAACUUCCUCGGGUCUCAUCAUGCGAAAGGUGAUCUUCGAGCGGCCCUAAGCGUCGUGAUAAAGACGAAGUGGCGUAGGUCUCGGCUAGAGAGACUGGAAAAAUCACUCCGUAACCACCAACAAACAAUGGAAUCAUAUUUACUCGCUCGAAUAUGCACACAAGCCGAUGCUCUCGAACUCCAGCAAAGCCAAGGUUUUGAGAAGCUCGACACUGAUAUUCGGUUUUUCACAAGCCAAUAUGCUUCUGGCCACACUCAACUGGCUGAUCUCAUUAAGCUAGAGUUAGUGUCGGUCAAGGGUGACGUAGUGAAGACGACUAUGCAAUCUGAGAAAUCGGUCAAAAAACAUGUUGACACUGUGGUGGCCUCGACCGAGGAAUCCAUAACAAGGCAUAUUACAACGAGAACUAACGAGCUUGUCCGGAAGAUGGACCAAACUACAAUCGAAUCCGAUGUAAAGUCUUCGACUAAAGAGCAGCAAGGUCGAUUCCUUGAAAGUCUCCGAUAUGAAGGCAUGAACCAGAGGAAGAAUGAUAUAGCGAGUUCGUUCGAACAUACAUUCGAAUGGAUAUUCGACUCAGAUCCCGACACAAACUGUACACAAUUAUGGGAUGACUUUCACGACUGGCUCAAGUCUGACACCAACAUUUACUGGAUAAAUGGCAAGCCUGGAUCCGGAAAAAGUACACUGGUGAAGUACCUCUUAAACGAUCCUUCUACGAAGGCAGCGUUAAAUAUAUGGAACGCGAACUCUACCGUAUUGUCUCAUUUUCUCUGGAGCCCGGGCUCGAGAAUGCAGAAGAACAUUAAGGGAUUCCUGUGUUCCAUCCUCCACCAGGCCUUCUUUUCCGCAAAAGGACCUACGCUCGUGAAAUCAAUCAUGAAUACUUCCAACCGCUUCUUACUUAAGCGGGAAGUCGGCGACUGGGACAUUCAGGAGUUGAAAGAUGUCUGUUUUGCGGUAUUGAGUAGUGAUAUGUUCCCAGCAUGCAUAUUCCUUGAUGGAUUGGAUGAAGUAUGCGAAGAAGACGGGCAGCUUUCUCUGCUCAAGUUGGUCGACGAACUCAGAACACUUCCCGAGGUCAAAGUAUGCGUUGCUAGUCGACCUGAACCAAUACUCCAAUCCAACUUAUGCAGACACCAACAAUUGAGAUUGCAGGACUUAACAUAUAACGACAUGCUGGCGUUCGCAAGUGGACAAAUACAACCAUAUAUCACCUGCGAUAAAAUAUCCGAAGAAUUUGGAUGGCGUACCACCGAAUAUCUCGUUUGGAAAGCAGAAGGUGUGUUUCUCUGGCUUCAUUUAGUGCUACGAAGUUUUAUUAGAGGGAUCGAGAAGGGCGAUCCGGAAACAAUUCUCAUGCAGCGGCUUGAAGAAUUGCCCAGCGAACUGACAAAACUUUACUCCGACAUGUGGGCAAGAAUGAACGAGGAUGCUAGACUCUACCGCGAAGCUGCAGCCCGGUAUUUCAAUUUGGUCGUACUUGAGAGCAAGAUGAGCAAGUUUGGAAUUAGGGUCCUCCAUUUUAUUGGUGCGACGCAAGCUGAACUACAAGACAUUAUCCUCAACAAACGGGGCUCUAUUGGCGCAGAAGCUUUAGAAGAGGUGCGAAUUGAAUCUAUGAAGGCCUUAGAAGUCCGGUGCGCUGGUCUCCUAGAGAUAAAAGAAUUUGGAAGACUCCGCGUGCUGGAUCCGACUAACUAUGGUCUUAUACGAGGAAAGGGGGACAUGCACAUACAAUUCAUUCAUCGGACAGCCUAUGAUUUCAUUACGGACACUAAAGAAGGCCAUCGUAUUUGCGCCCAGGAUUCUUACUCGCUGAAUACCUUACGUAUCCAACUUGCCAAAGGUCACCUAGUCAUGGCCAAGUUUUUUAGAGACACGACUAAUGAUAUUGACCGUGUCUAUCGUUAUUUGCACCCCAUAGAAGAUCCAAGCAUGCUGGACGAAACCAUUCAGAUACUCCGUCUUGCAAGGGCAUGGUAUAAUGAACAUUAUUACCGUCUUAAUCCGACCUUAUAUCAGAAAUUCCCAUGUAUUAUUGGACCUCAUUUCUUAGCCCUUUUCGCCGAACCGAAAUAUCGAAGCUUUGUUCUCUCCAGCAUCAAAGAAUCGUCAAAUCCAUCAUCGCUAGCCACACAUAUCUUGAGAAACUUGCAACUACGAUGUCCACCGUAUCCCCCAAUUAAGACCAACUUCCCUGGUAUUUCUUACAUUGAGACACUUAAUUGUUACUUAAGACCACUCCUUUCUCUCGAUGCGAAUAUAACGUGUCAAGGGCCUUGCGCACCAUUCAUUCCACAAGAUGAGCGUCAGCCGCUAUUAUUCAUCAGCGCAUUUGCAAAGUUCAUGCUCAACGUUCUCAUCUUUAAAGCCUCUUUCAAACUUGUAGCUGAACCACUGCGAGUUUUCAUGGAAAAUGGACCUAACCUACACGAGCGCAUACCGCUAUUUAUUUCCAUGCCAGGCGGCUUAGAACUAAUUUUCCCGGAAACCUUUGUCCAGCCCCAUGAUUGGCCAUUCCAAGACGGUAAUUAUGGGAGAGUCUCGACGAUGCUUGAUAUAGAUGAUGAUGUGCUGCGUUCCUCCCGAAACCUAGAUGUGUUCGUGGUGUUAAUUGUUGAUAUUGGGCUUCUAGUCAAAGCUUUUCUCAUGAGUCACUCAGUCGAUAUGUAUUUGAGGAUUGCGAAAGGACUGGAAUGUCAACCAGCCCAAAUGAUACUUAUACAUGUGGAUGAUAUACGUCCUCAGGUCCGCAGAAGCACGAGGUGUAUGCGCUUCCGACCAACGAACGUAGAGGCCACAGAGCCCCUGUUGAGUUUAUUAUUGCAGUUUGUAUGUGGUCAUGACGUAUCGGAGGAGGUAUACAAGGAGGUAGUGAAAGCAAUCCGGGAUUUUUCUUCAGGAUCGCCGAGUUAUGAAAUGAUCGACGGAUCUGUUCAGCACUACUUGGCUGAACAAGAAUGCGGCUAUCGGUACUCGGCGGGUGAUGAAUGGAUGGUGCGAUGCUCUCGUUGUAGGGUAUGUAAUAGUCUGUGUGUGGAUAAGGAUGAGGAUGAGGAUGAGGAUGAGGAUGAGGAUGACCUAUUAUAUUAG